CUACGCAUCGAUUAUAGUGGGAACAAGCUCUACCAACGAAGUUGGUUUCGCAAAUCAAGUUUGUUUGAUUUGAAAAAAUAAUCUUCAACGAGAGACAACGGCUUCCAGAACGAGCCGAGAGGACGAAGAAGAGCUGCACGUGUGGACGUAUUUACGUAUUCGACAACGAUGGCAUUAUCCUGAAACGGGCAUGACGCCCUUGGCCUCGAGAUGCGACGAGACUACCACCCUCCUACUGUUGCUGCUACUCGAGCUGGCACCCGGGGCACGUUGCUAUUCGCGCGCGGCCGCAACUUCCGCUUCGUCUUUACCAAGAUAGCAUUUACAGUCCCCGGCGAGGGUGCGAGUGAUGCCGCUUCUCGGCAGCAUUAUGACCAUCGCCGUCGAUAGUCCGACAACGGCGUCCACGAGCGACUUUGAGAGGAACAUGACGUGGUCUCGAGCAAUCAGUGGUGGCUCUACGUUUCCGAGUAACGAGGCCCUUUCAACACGUGCGAUCCCGAACGGUAAGCAACGUCGGCGUCCAGCCGCGACAGCUACUAGUGAUCGUGUUAGUCGCCUUCUUAGCGGUAAAGGUGUCGUGAAAGGAUCGAGCAAGAACGCUGCUAAAAACAACGAAAAACACAUCGAGGGAGGUGAGCGUAACACGACAACGGGAAAAGAGGGCGUCGAGGUAACAAAAAAGGAAGCUUCCCACCAUUGCGGUCAGACUUCAGAAACUCGAAUUUGCGGCAGGAAGACCGUAGGCGCGACAAAGAGUGGGGAAACUGCAUUUACCAGCGAAGAAAAGGGGGCAGGGCUAAGUACUGGGGGCGGCAGCAGUGAACAAAGUGUUGAUAGCAUAGGCAGUACUACCGAUAGUGUAAGUGUGAGUACAAGUGUAUUAAACAGCACGGAGGAGGAAGUCGCGAGCGAAUACGGGAAGGAUUUGUUGCUCUUCGGUUUUAGCGACACAAUGGAAGACACAAUCAAUUCGUUCAACGAUUCGUUUAACGGAAGCUUUCGGCAUCCCUGGAAUAUUAGUUUGUAUAAUAACGAGACUUUCAUUGUUUUUGGAGAGGGUAUGUACCCAUCGGGAUACACUCUUCCGCAAAUUAUACUGGCGUCUAUCCUCGCGACGCUACUAAUGAUCGUGAUUGUUGUGGGAAAUAUGUUGGUGAUAAUUGCCAUUGCUACGGAGAAAGCGCUCAAAAACAUACAGAAUUGGUUCAUAGCCAGCCUUGCGGUAGCGGACUUUUUUCUUGGUCUCGUGAUCAUGCCAUUCUCGCUCGCUAACGAAAUCAUGGGUUACUGGAUCUUUGGAUAUUGGUGGUGUGACAUUCACUCUGCCAUGGACGUGUUGUUGUGUACGGCCAGUAUCAUGAAUCUUUGCCUAAUCAGCUUAGAUAGGUUUUGGAGCAUUACACAAGCAGUCGAUUACCUGAAGAAAAGAACACCAGCUAGAGCCGCGCUUAUGAUUGCCCUCGUCUGGAUAUUAUCGGCGCUUGUUUGUAUACCACCGUUACUCGGAUGGAAAAGACCCACUCCGGAGGAAGAGUAUCCUAAAUGCGAGCUAUCGGAGGACAUCGGGUAUGUCCUUUACUCUGCUCUAGGAAGCUUUUACAUCCCAUCUUGCAUCAUGGUCUUUGUGUACAUACGUAUAUACUUCGCUGCCAAGGCUCGCGCGCGUCGCGGCAUCCGGAAGCAGCCCCGUCCACGUGUAGUACCGCCGGAAUCGCCUGAUAUCAGGCAGACCAGUUUCACUCAGAGCACGCCGGCAACCGACACUAAGAAGCCUCCGGGAUCAGUUAUGGAAAACGUUGCCACCAUCGAGAACCAGCCGGUCCAGAUACCGAUUGUCACAUGUGACUUCGCUAGUGACGUCAGCACGUCGGAAGCUGAUCCUGGCGGAGGCACUAGUAUACCAAUGGAAGAGAAAGACACGCUGAAGGUGAGUAUACCGGUACCGGCGCAGAAGAGCAGUCUGAAAGCGACCCUGUCAGUGAACGGGGACGGACAGACCGGAGGUCAGAAUAUACCGACGGCAGCGGCUGCGACGGCAGCGGCGCGAUGCCGGGCGCCCAGCGUUGGCAUCGACGUUGACAUGGUGUCCGAGUUUGAUCCCUCGUCAUCGGAUAGUGGCGUGGUGUCGAGAUGCGCGGUGGUAAAACCGCUCAAGUUGCGACUGUGCCAGCCGAUCUUCGGCCGCAAGCACGUAGGUAAGUCGAAGAGGGAGCACGCUGAUGUCGGGCGUCACGCGGGCAAGGACGAGUCCGACGGCAAGAUGAAACAGCGCGAUCCGGAGAGAGAGAAGAGGAGGCUGGCAAGAAAGAAAGAAAAGCGCGCCACGAUGAUACUGGGUUUCAUAAUGGGCAGCUUUAUCGCUUGUUGGCUGCCCUUCUUUGUUCUUUACAUCGUCAAACCACUCUUUCCUGAUUUCGAAAUACCCUCGCAGGCCUUUGUAAUCGCUUUCUGGCUCGGCUACACCAAUUCAGCGUUGAAUCCCUUCAUUUACACAGUCUUCAAUAAGGACUUCCGCCGUGCUUUUCGCCGAAUAUUGUUUAAGUGA